GAUGUGCUGCACAGGUCUUUUUCUUUUAUUUCUUCAUGUCAGCAGAGUUUUCCCUCCUCACCAUCAUGUGCUACGACCGCUACGUUGCCAUCUGCAAACCCCUGCACUACGGGACCCUCCUGGGCAGCAGAGCUUGUGCCCACAUGGCAGCAGCUGCCUGGGCCACUGGCUUUCUCACUGCUCUGCUGCACACAGCCAGUACAUUUUCCCUGCCCCUCUGCCAGGGCAAUGCCCUGGGCCAGUUCUUCUGUGAAAUCCCUGCCAUCCUCAAGCUCUCCUGCUCACACUCAGGCUACCUCAGGGAAAUUGGGCUCAUUGUGGUUAGUGUCUGUUUAGCGUUUGGUUGUUUUGUUUUCAUUGUUUUCUCCUAUGUGCAGAUCUUCAGGGCUGUGCUGAGGAUCCCCUCUCAGCAAGGACGGCACAAAGCCUUUUCCACCUGCCUCCCUCACCUGGCCGUGGUCUCCCUGUUUGUCAGCACUGCCACAUUUUCCGACCUGAAGCCCCCCUCCAUCUCCUCCCCAUCCCUGGACCUGGUAGUGGCAGUUCUGUACUCAGUGGUGCCUCCAGCACUGAACCCCCUCAUCUACAGCCUCAGGAACCAGGAGCUCAAGGAUUAUCCCUCCAACAACAGUGAGAGAAGCGACUCACUGGGGUACUUGAGGGACUGA